AAAAAUAUUGCUAAAGGCUUUAGUGAUGUUCAAAUUAAAGUGAGAGAAGCUACCUCUAAUGACCCAUGGGGUCCUAGUGGCACACUCAUGAAUGAGAUAGCUCAACUCACUUUUAACGAAUCUGACUUUAUUGAAAUAAUGGAUAUGAUUGACAAGAGACUAAAUGAUAAAGGAAAGAACUGGCGUCAUGUAUUCAAGGCAUUACUCUUGUUAGAUUAUUGUUUACAUGUGGGGUCAGAAAAUGUCGUUUUAUACGCCAAAGAGAACGUCUAUGUUGUAAAAACCUUGAGAGAAUUCCAACAUAUCGACGAAAGUGGAAAGGAUGUAGGAGCAAAUGGUAACACCAUAUUUUUUCUUUCUUUCUUUUUUCUUAAUAUAUUUCUUAUAGUGAGACAGAAGGCAAAGGAUGUCACAAAUUUAUUAAUGGACGAUAAUCGAUUAAGAGAGGAAAGACGCCAAAGACAGGGUAUGCGUGAAAGAAUGGCACACGUUGGAGAUUAUCUGAAUGAGACUGUGAGACAAAUUGAUGGUGGUCAAGGGCGUUAUGAUGAAGACGCUGAUCUACAGAAAGCAAUAGCCGAAAGCAAACGCAUUGCUGAAGAAGAAGCAAAAAAUAGACGUCAAGGGUAA